UAAAAUGCUUCGGCGUUAAUGCUGCAACAAACCGCACUUAUUCGAAGAAAAACGCAGUAAAAUGUAAAUCACGGUUAAGCGUGUGGUUUUAUGUGCUGGCAAAUGGAGCUUAUUAUAUUGAGGUACAAAGAAGGCCUCUAAUGCAAAAGGAUGGUUAAGCUGACUAUAGGAAAAAGAGGAACAAAACGUGGCCUAUAUACUGUAUUGAAUUUAAGAAACAUUAAUUGUAGAGUAUAGUACAGAAACACAGCAUGACUGUAUAUAUAGCUGGUUUCGUUGUUACUGUUCAUGAAUCAUAUGUUGGUAUCUUGCAUAUAGCUAUACGUAUGCCUGGGUUAAGAUACCGCAUUGUUUAUCUUCAAGGGGAAAGACGAGUGAUAUUUGAUGACAGAUCAAUAGGUUUUACAAUGCUUGAUUCAGGUCGCCACUAUAUGCCGCUUGUUUGCAUUUUGCAUGCAGCUAAAAAUAAACCGACCAUUUUCAGUAAGAACGUUGGAUACAUGCAUCUCCAUUUUACAUGUAUAAAUACGCAGAUGUUUAAAAUAGCCGUGUGUUGGAUAUGAAUGUUGCGAAUUGUGUAUGUUAAUAUGUCUUAAAAUUCAUGGUGUAUGUGGAUACAAACGUUGCGAAAAGCAGUUGCUUUGAAAGGUUGCAGGCGAUUUUUUUAAAGGAAUUUAGAAACAAUUUCUAAUUUUUUGCAGUUUUUUGCAGAGGAAUUUAGAAACAAUUUUUCAUUUUUGCAGAUUUUGGUUUACUGUUAGAAAUCAAAUGUAACGGUAUUUGAUUUUUUAGAUUAUACCGUAAUAAUUGUUAAGAAUUUGUGUUUUUCGUUUAUGUUAUAAAUGUAACGGAUUUUUUAGAGUCUGAUUGUACUGUCAGAAGUAUAACGAUAUCUGUUUAUUUUUUAAGAUUGUUGUUAGGAAUGUAACGGAGAUUCGACUAACCUAUCACUGAUUCAGAAGCGGAAACACGAUGAGCCAAAACAAAAGUGCGGCCAACGUAACUUACCGGGAAUUUAGCAGUUUACAAUGGAUCGCAUGCGAACUUACAUCCUGCAUUUUCUCAGUGGCUUGCUGCUAUGUUUUGAUCUGCCUUCUGGUUUAUGAGAUUCGUAUGCGAACGCAGUCGGUGGACCAGGGUGUAGCGACGGUCAGCGGAGAUAAUUCGAUAGUGCAACAAUCUGUACGAUCUGACCGUCGGAAAGCUAAGAAAACUAGACGCAAUCAAAAAUGGUUGAGGUACUUCACGAUUCUUUGCACCUUAUGCGCCGUGCUGAAAGUCCUGGUCAAUCAAAUCGAUCUCUUCUGGGGUACAAAGAGCUCGAUUGCCUGCACACUUUUCAGCAUUACCUCGAUAUGUGGAUACGGUGGCUCAUUGUUCUUCAUAUACAUAAUCCUAUGGCUUCGUCAAUACAUCGUGCAGUCUCACUCAGCUCUUAGACAUUUGCCACACAGAAAUAUCCGCGUUUACGGCGGUAGGAUCCUUCUUGGUGUGAUGUUAACUCUCUUCGGCAGCCUUUUCGUGCUUAACUUCGUCACCAUUAAAGUCAGGCAUAGUCCAGACGGGUGUAUUUUCGCCGACAGUGGAGAAGUUUCACAAUCAGCCAGAUCGCUCGCGGGUUUAAUUUUUACUAUAGUAUUCCAACCAGCGUUUGCGGUCCUUUUACUUUACCCUCUCCUGAAAAAGCUCCCAAGCCACAGAAGACCAAAACUGACAUCUACAUCAAUAAGACCAGCACAUCCAGGAGCCAAAAAGUGCAACAGCGUCGAACAGGUAAAGUCUUUGAUCAGAAGAACCUUGAUUGCAAUAGCGUUGGUCACCGUGAGCGAUAUCGGAGCAAUCGUGGCCACGUUUCUGUUAGAAAAGCAACCGAUCAUUUUCGUAGCGCUCGCGUACGAUGCAAACGCGUUUGUAGGCAUCGUGUCUGCUAUAUACUCAUUCACUGAUUGGAGGCAGCGGUUUCUCGGUAAAAAAACUCCCAAUGCUGACGUUGAAAAAACUGUGUAAAUAACAAUCUUUUUUAUUCUUGGUAUGCCAUGACAUAAUUUGUAUACCAUGGGCCAGUACUGUACAACUGUUGUGUACCUCGCUUUGAUUGAUUACAUGAGAAAAAUAAAUAAACGAACACCAAAUUUA